UUUUUUUUUUGACUGGCUGCAGUUGCGUGGAUCGUGUUUCUGCUGCUCUCCCCGCACGGCUGAGCCCACCGUCUCUGCACCAAUCACUGCCGGCCUUAAAUGCGCGCACGCACAGACACACUCUGAUGUGUACACACGCACGUGCACGGGUCCGCGCGCACGCCGUCAAGUCUCUCCUCGCUCUCCCUGCGCUGCCUUCACAUGCGUCCCCGCCGACUCUGCGUAGCGCUAGCUGCGCCAAGAUGAGCGUGGUCGCCCCGGUACCAUCCGAACGGUACCAGCCCACCGCCUGACUGAGUCACCGAGAGAGGGAGAGAGAGAGAGAGGGUCUUUUCUCUGUGAAAAGCCAUCCAGAAACCCGUUUCCCCCCCACCCCUUCAUCUCCCUCAUCCUCUUGUUCCUGCUGCAUCCUCUGCUGUCGGAAGCCCAGUUUGGAGGAGAAGAAGAAGGAAGAAGUGGAAAUAGAUUUUUGCUUUCAUUUCUUUUACUUUUUUCUGGGUGUUUAUAGCGCAGUUUUUGUGCGCUCCUGCAAAUUCCGGUAGCCCAAAUGGUGGAUUUGGCAAACAUGGAGACCGUGGAGAAGGAAUGCGGGGCUCUCGGGGGUCUGUUCCAGGCGAUUGUCAACGACAUGAAGUGCUCCUAUCCAGUGUGGGAGGACUUCAGCGCCAAGGCCACCAAGCUGCAUUCACAGCUCCGAACCACUGUGUUGGCGGCUGUGGCCUUCCUGGAUGCCUUUCAGAAGGUGGCAGACAUGGCGACAAACACCAGAGGGGCAACCAGAGAUAUUGGCUCAGCUUUGACCAGGAUGUGCAUGCGGCAUCGCAGCAUUGAGGCCAAACUUCGCCAGUUCACCAAUGCGCUGAUGGAAAGCCUCAUCGCUCCUCUCCAGGACAAGAUUGAAGACUGGAAGAAGACAGCCAAUCAGCUGGACAAGGAUCAUGCCAAAGAGUACAAGAGGUCACGCCAUGAGAUCAAGAAGAAGUCAUCUGACACGAUGAAACUGCAGAAGAAAGCUCGCAAAGAGCUGCAGGGCCGAGGCGACCUGCAGCCCCAGCUGGACAACGCCGUGCAGGACGUGAGUGACAUGUGUCUGCUGAUGGAGGAGAUGGAGAAGCAGGCAGUGCGGCGCGCCCUGGUGGAGGAGAGGGGUCGCUUCUGCACCUUCAUUGGCUUCCUGCAGCCUGUUGUGAAUGGAGAGAUCGCCAUGCUGGGCGAGAUCACCCACCUGCAAGCCAUCAUCGACGACCUCACUGUUCUGACCACCGAUCCUCACAAACUGCCUCCUGCCAGUGAACAGGUGAUUAAAGACCUGAAGGGCUCAGAUUACAGCUGGUCCUAUCAGACGCCACCGUCGUCCCCCAGCAGCUCUGGGUCACGCAAGAGCAGCAUGUGCAGCAGUGCCCACAGUAGCGCAUCCCGGUCAUCAGGGGGAGGUGUAAGUACUGGUGUUGGAGGAGGCUCCCAGCCACAUUCACCCACCUCCUCCUCCUCCUCAUAUCGCCACCGCAGCAGCCUGCCCCUGCAGCCUCCACCUCCAGGGGGCAUCGCCGCCCACCGCCUCAGCAGCGUCUCCUCCCACGAUUCUGGCUUUGUGUCCCAGGAUGCCAACAUCUACUCCAAGCCUCCCUCACCGAUGCCGUCAGACCUCACCAGUCAGAAAUCCUCCAGCUCAGCUUCCUCAGAGGCGUCAGAAACGUGCCAGUCUGUCAGUGAAUGCAGCUCCCCCACUACUUUUGGCUCGUCCUUUGCUACCUUCCGCCCCGCUCUUUCUCACUCUGGCUCCACCAGGCCUUUCUCUAUCAUUCUCCCUGUUCCUGCGUCCCCACCCUUUAACCGCCCCCCCGGAUCAAGCUCCUCCUCUCCCACAUCAAAGGUUCCCAUGUGGAAGGAUUGGUCCAAAGCAGCUCAAUACGAGCACCCUGCAGCUGCUGCACCAGUUCAGAGGAGAAAAGAACCGGUGGAGAGGCCAAGGGACAACGAGGGAUCGCCAGGUUCCCAGGGGUACGCCGGAGCUGCACACCCCGAAGAUGUGCAGAGGCCCAGAAUGACGCCGGCUACAAUUGCUGCCAAGCAUGGGGAAGAGGUUUCUCCGGCUGCCAGCGACCUCGCCAUGGUGCUGACCAGAGGACUAAGCAUGGAGCAGCAGAAAAGCAGCAGAGACUCCCUGCAGUACUCUAGUGGCUACAGCACAGAGACCACAACGCCAUCCUGCUCUGAGGACACCAUCCCUUCACAAACAGGUUCAGAUUACGACUGCUACUCCGUGAACGGUGAUACGGAUGGUCCUGACGACGGGCAGACGGAGUUCGACAAGUCCUCCACCAUUCCACGCCACUCCAAUAUAGCCCAGAACUACCGGCGGAUGAUCCAGACCAAGCGACCUGCCAGCACAGCCGGUUUGCCCAGCGGGGUUCUCGGUCCGGGAUGUCAUGGAAUGCCGGGACAAGCCGGAGCGGGGGGAGGAGGAGCAGGGACUCCCGGCACUGCCACCAUCCGCCGAACCCCGUCCACCAAACCGGGGGUGAGGCGCACGCUAUCCAGUGCUGGGCCCAUUCCCAUACGACCACCCAUCGUGCCUGUUAAAACACCCACCGUUCCCCCAAACUCGACCGGUGCAGGUGGGGGCCAAACAGGCAGCGUGCCGAUUCGCGUCGGCAGUGAAGAGUGCGUGUUCUUCACUGGAGUUGAGGACACGCAAGGGGUCUUUGACUACGUCAAGGCAUCACCCAAGCGCCUCAGCCUGCCCAACACCGCCUGGGGGUCGGGAGCAGCCUUAGAGGUUUACGCUCAGCAGCACGGGGGGCUCGCCAUGGCGGCGGGCUCCGGAGCCGGAUCGGAGGAGGAACAGAUGAUCGCGGCCAACCGGCACAGCUUGGUGGAGAAAAUUGGCGAGUUGGUGGCCAGUGCGCACGCCCUUGGGGAAGGGCAGUUUCCCUUUCCCACCCUCCCAGACGACCCAGCUCCUGCGGGGACAGCUCCCACUGACGCUCAGACAGGGACCGAGGGGGGGGAGGGGUCUGGUGACAUGCUGACUACUAUCAGAAGAGGAGUUCGACUUCGCAAAACUGUCUCCAACGACCGCUCAGCUCCUCGCAUUUUGUGAUUAGAGGGAAAGCAGAAAGAGGAGCUCGUCUGCUACUGGCGGGGGCCAGGCAUUGAUGCGGGGUAACCCAACCACCUAGUACAUUCACACAAACAUAACCACGUAGGGAAAUCUAGAGUAGAACAGAAGAUGAAAACAAGACCAUGAACAACGAUACUCAGAACCACCUUUAGAGUCAACAAUGUAAUGAGAAAAAAAACGUAAAAAAUGUUAACCCAUGCUGACGGUCAGAAGGUAAAUCAUUAAUAUUAACUGGCUGCUAGCAAGCCACUAUAGCUAGUGUGUGUUGGACGCAUGUUUGUCUUCUGUACACCCUCAGCCUGGGGUGGAGAGACUCACAGGAAACACAGAUUUGAUAAAAAAAAAAAAAGAAAGAAUACGGUUGUGUUCUGUGCCAACAUGCCCCCCACCCUGUCCUUAUCCACAACUAAUACCAGAAGACCAGGCUGACGGGGGCAAGACUGAGGAGGGAGUCAGAGGCUCUGAAAGCCCAGUGGACUGAAGCUUCGGUUCUGGUUCGGGGAGCUAAUGAGACUCUUGGAAAAAGCGGCGUUGGCAUUGAACCGUUCCAGCUCCGCCUCUCUCCCGCCUCCCUCAGAGGGAGUGCAUGCAUUUUUGCAUGUGCACAUGGACAAAUGUCGAUUGAGUGUAUGGGUGCCUGUGAAAAGUGCGUGUGGGGGUGGGUCGAGCUCUGCUGCAGGACAGCUGAUCACCCAACGAAGGCGGGGCUUUUUCUGCUGUGUGUCGUCUGUGUGUGUUCUCUUGUUUAUAUUGUGACGUCCCUUACCUUGUUACCACUGUACGAGUAAUCCAGGCUCUCUCUCUCUCUCUCUGUCUCUCUCUCUCUCUCUCUAUAUAUAUAUGUCUAUAUAUGCAUAUAUAGGCAUAUAUAAAUAAAUAUAUUCAUAUAUUUAUAUUUUCUAAAACCAGAGAGAAGAUGUUAAAUCAGAAAUGGAGCAAUAAAUGUCUUUUAUUUUCUUGCUUUAGACGGAGGAUUUUAGGUUUUCCAUUUAGGCAAUCAUCAGGAUGACUAAAUUACACCUUGACUGUGAAUUGAUGCGUGGUCCGUCUGUCUCUCUGUCCCCGUCUCCAUUUGGUACGUCAAAUGGUUUGAAAAUUUUUGUAAAAUGGAAAACUGUAAGCACUUUGAUGGGGUAGAGUAUGUAAAAUAGCCAGUAGGUGUUGCUGUAGUCUUGCUGUGUGAUAGAAAGGAUCUGUUGCGACGACUCGGUUAAGGAAGAAAAAGAGCGAUGAUGAGGAAGUGAUGAAGAUUAGCAGAUGUGAAAGAGAAGGCAGGAUUGGAAAGUGGCCCAAAAUAUUAAUUUAAAGCAAGGGGUGUGAGAGCUGUUCACCUGGUGUGGAGGUAAUACGUCUAUUUAGCUGUUUUCAAAGCAACACAUUAGUGAAACUACACAAUAAUUACAGGUGACAGAGUUUUUAGGCUUUUAUUUUUUAAGGCUGACUCGUUCCAUUUUCGAUGUUUUACUGUUGUCGGACCCAAUGCCAAAUUUUUUGGUGGAGAUUCAUGAAAAAGCUAUUGUCUUUCAAUGCUUAAUUUUUUUAUUUCUCAAUGUUACAGUAAAUGUAAGGAGGGCAUUUCUCAACUGUAUUUUACUUUCUAUUAUUUUAAGCAAAACGUAAAUGAGUUAAAAGCACAUUAUCUGUCAGCUGUGACUUUAAGUUGUAUUCAACCUCAUGUGGUGCAAAAACUGGAAGAGUUUUUGUCACAGAACAUCUGGUCUUUCACAUGUUUUCGUAGUGAAAGUGGAUGGCAGAACGCUCAGCUUUACCUUUACGAGCAUUGUUUAAGAACCUUUAAAUACGGCUUUGCUUUCAAAUCUUUCCUUAGUCACAACUGCCCUUACGAGUGGUUAGGGGCUUCUGCGGGCAAAAAAUGGGCAAACCCGUGACACGCAAAUGACCCUCACAACAUUUUAAGAUUGUAGUCUUGCUGUUAGAAAAGAGGAAAUUAAGCAUAGUGUAAUGGACGUCCUACGAGCAAUACGUACAAACCCAGUGUUUGUGGUCACUAAAAACCCACCUUACUAACGACGAGGGUGUGGUCUAAGAGACGGCAGCAUGCGUACAUCAUCAGUGCGUGUAACUACCAUUAUCCUUACAGGUACUUCACCAUACACUUACCACACACACAACAAUGGUACGUUCCAUUUUUAUGACGUCCAAAGGGCCACAGGGAAACUGCAGGACACACUUGUGCUCCCCUAAAAGAAUGUCCUGUCUAGAACCCCGCAUGGGUCCAUGUGACUGAGACAUUAUUUGUCAUGUUUUGGCACAAAACAUCUAAACAUGAAAUCCUCUUCUAAUCAUAUUAAAGUCACUUAUUUUUUUAAAAAAGGGGAAAAAAGUGAAGACAUUAGAAAUAAUGUAAUAUAAAAUUAACUCAAAAACACAGUUUAAUGAUCAGUAAUCAUUGCUGCUGUAGUUAUUGAUCAAUGAAGAGGAGGCAUCUUUGCUGCUUAAAACCCAAAUCUUCAUUAAUUAGCACAACAGUGUUGUUAGCCAACUUAAUAUAUUGUUACCUUAUUCUCCUAAUUUAUAAAUGAAAUAUUUCACAACAAUAAUGACUCUUUUAUAUUUUUAUUUUGAGUUCCUGUAAAAUGUUGCAGAGAGCACAUAAAACCCCUCCCCUAAAAAAAACACAAGUUUGGUGCCAACAGUUUAAAUAAAACCAUCAACCGUGGUUUUAGAAUCCACACCCUAAAGAGGACAACAGCAGAAGGAUUUGAUCACAAUUUCAUCCGGCUUUGUUCACGGUGGACUUCAAGCCACAAAACAGUAAAACAACAAUUGAGGAAUGAUGACAGUAGUGAAGUGCAGCUUAACCAUAAGAGGGACACGGGAAGAAGCCAAACGGGAGAUUGAGAAUAUCACUGCCUGAUCGAGGGAGAAGCAGGCACAAAUAGUUCAUAGUUACCACUUUUUUGCUUCAACAGUACUGUAAAAUGUAUUAUUUCUAUUUUAUGUAAAAGUAAAAUAACUUCAAACUAUAAAGCAGUGUUUCAUUAAUGUUGGAUGAAUGGGGAGAAUAUGAGUGUCUGCAGACUAGAUAUCUCCAUUUUUACUCUCCUCUCAUGGUGAGUAGACACAGCCAGAGACCCCGCUUCCUUAUUUAUCAAUUAUAGCUGUUUUAAAUGGAACAUUAGGAUAUUUUAAUGAACAAUUGGAAACCGUUUCUAACAAACAUUUAACACAGACAACGUUCAUAACGCUCCAAAAAAAUCUGUUAUAAUCAAGUGCAGAUGGUGAACGAAAGGUUUGAUUUGGUUUAUUAAUUGGAAAAGCAGUUUUUUGGGGUUUUUUUUACGCUUUUUAAACUCCUGGAGAGCAACAGACAAGCAGCUUGCUGGUACAGCACUGCUCUUCUGAGUUUGGCGCAGGAAACCGCUGCACCACCUCCCCGACUGCAAAACUACACGGCUCAGUUGUCGACUGAACAGAAAUCUGCCAGAUGAAGUGACAUCCUGGGAAAAAAAAAAAAAAAGGAAAAAAAAAGGUUGGUAACACCUCGUGAAGCCUCAUUAGGAAUUCACAAAUUUAACACCACAUGCAGCGUUGAAUAUUUCAUUAACAGUACAGAAAUGAAUACAUUUCAGAGAACAGUGGUGUUUUAAAGGGUUAAAUGAACUGUGAUCUAACUCUGUCAUCAUGUCAGUUUUCUAGGUGUACAUGUGAAGACACAUGACAAAGUGCAUUUAAAUAUUUACAUGCUUGCAGGCAUGUAUACACAAACAGAAACCUUUGUUCUUUAUCCGAAAAGCUGCACUCAAUACAUUCAACGUAAAAUGAUCGUUUUGAUGAUAUUUUUCUUUCUGAAAAGUUUAAAAACUGAACUUUCAAUUAAAAUCUUUAGUUCUGGCGUUUAGAUAUUUCUCAUUAAAGCAGAUCUCUUAUUCCUAAUAUUAACCAUGAUCGCAGUUCUUCAAAUGUCACUCGUUUCAGCUCAAACAUGGAGACGACGUCGUGAAAACGCUAAAUGUAACCACGACAGCAGGUUAAAAAAAGAAAUGAAAUGAACAAAACUUUUUCAUUGGUAAAUCUUCUUGAAUAUGCUCGUAAUUAGACAGUCUUUAUUGUUUCAUGAUGCUGGGUGGGGGAUAAACCACUUAAUAAACACAACAAAAUGUUAUUAUUUUAAGAGAGCAUUCACACUUUAUCGUCUGAGUUUGUUUCCUCUGAUUUUUUUUCUUCAUUUGGCAGGUCAGAGCGCACUUCCUAUAUUUGACAUGUUUAAACUAAUAAACCACAUAUUUGCAUUGAAUUAAAAUAAAAAAUGAAGAGAAGUACAGAUUACAAAAAUUUGAAGGACUGCAUCAUGGGUAAACAUGAUGCAGUCAGAUUUACGACAGUCGGCAAGUUGGUUUUCCUCUUUUUUUGCUCCUGUCCUCGUCAGAGCUCUUUUAGGCAAUAGCACCCCCUAAUGAGCAGUUGUUGGAAGUGCAGGUGGUUUGGUCCUUUUUAUUAGUCUUUGGUUUUCUCAUGAGAGUGCCAUGAAAGCAACCAACCAGAUGUAAAGGAUCUUCAUUUCUACCCAUUCAGUUUCUGGACUAUUCUGAUGCUAAAACUCUUGCAGACUUUACACAGGGCUCCGGUGCAACAGGAGGUUGUGGUAACAAAGUUUGGAUGAUGAGAUUCUCCUUAGGUUGAAGUUUGUCUAUGUGGGACUCUGAUCUCAGCUCUAAUCUGAUGAGAAAUGGAUCGAAAGAUUUUGUCUGUACACGCCAUCAUCUGUGAGUGUCUUUAAAUGCAGAGUAACAGAAGCUGUCUUCAUGGCUAACGGAUGGAUUUCAAAGACUGUCAACUCCCAAAUGAAUGCCAGAUUACAUUUUAAUUAAUUGUGAGAAGCCUUUUUUUCAGGCAUCGUUCUGGCAGAAUCUCAAGAACAGCUUAUAUGACUUUUGAUGGUUUCUCAGUGAGCAUCUGUCGCAAUACUGGCGCUUAAGGGAACAAGUGUGAGCCUGCAUCGUGACAAAACAUCCAAUUAGAACAUGUGAGGGGUCUCUUAUAUCAGCAUUUUAAAAAAAAAAGAGGGGAACUUUGGUUUAGACUGUCCAGUCCAGAACCUUUGUAACAGAAUUUAAGUAUUUGACCCUAAACAGCCUCAGUGUAGAGAAGAAGAGGCUGGAACUUAGUUCAACCCAUAAACUGUAUUGAAGAAUUCCCAUCUUAUGGCAUCUGUACUGCAAAAAAAUGGCAACUGAAUUGACUUCAUUUGGUUGGAGCUAGAAGUAAGUCAUUAUCUACAGGUGACAUCACACUAACUUGGUCCAGUUCUCUUAUAUAGCCAAUGGUUUAAACCCAACAGUUCUUGUUUUGUGUUUGAUGCAGAAAGAAUCAGAAUUAUUCAUUUUACAGAAGAAGAAAAAAACUGUUUGGUCUGACAGAGCUUGCUAUUUCAUUUUAUCCAGAUGUAGCCUCAUUUAAUCAUAACUCAUGUCUCAGAUGACCAACUUGCCUUUGCUUGAAUAGCAUUGACCAGGCUCAUAUCCGUUUCCGUGGUAACUGAGGUUUACAGUGAGCUGGAAGGGCUCCACUGCGAGCAUUUGCUCACAGCAGGAGCUCACCGUUAGAAAUCUGUGUACAAAUUUGUGGAUAACAGCUCUGUGAGUUGGGACUUUUUUUUGUUUUAGAUAAAAGUACAGUUCAAAAAGUUGUUCAUAGGAUUUUAGAACCUAUAAAUAGCAGUAAAUUACAUGUUGAUAAAUGUUUUUUUCUUGAACAUCCUUUCAGAAAAAAACCAGACUUUCACUGAAGUGUGUUUGAGCUUGAGAGCGUGUUUGUUGCACAAAGACACAUGGUCGAGACCCCUACUGUUCCUCCAUUCCACCUCCCACUCACAGUCUGUCAGUCCUUCCUGCUGAAGAAAGCCAUCAUACGUUCACACACACUCGUCUGAAGCAAACACGACAAAGGUAAAGUCUCGGCGGCCGCGUCAGGGUUCAUGGAGGUCCUCAUGGGUACUGGUGAUGUAACUCGCUGCAACUUUUUGUCAAACAGAACAGAGUGGUCGAAACAGCCUCCAAACUGAAUGUCUUACUGUCUGUUCUCAGUACUGUCUCCUGCUUCUUCUCUCGCUUUCUCUUCUUCCUCGACAUCUGAAAAGAAAUCUUGACAAAUCUCGCCACUAAGGCGUUUUCUACGGGGCUACAGUCUUCAAAGGAGAGCAUUGUGACAGAGACCUGCUUCAUCUUUCUGAAUAAACAACUUUUAGCUCCUGUCGUCCCUCCCUGGUAGCCCUGCCAUCUCUGUGGUCCUGUCUCUCUUUUUUAUCUCUGAAUUUUAAUGCUUUUUUUUAUUUAUUGUGAUUUUAAAGGUUGUUUUGCCUCCAUCUUUGAAAAUAACUUUUCCUUUCCUGUCUUCCUUUUUUUUUGUAAAACCUGACCCUCAUUUGUUAACUUUGGUCACUGCUAAUGUAACAAAACUCACUGUGAUGAUUCCAGUAUUAAUAAAAGUUGUACUUAAACUGUG